UUUAGUGUGCAAUUUUUCUUUCCAUUUCAGAGUCAGACUUCAUUACCUCUCAAUUUAACCAGCAGGUAGUACAUGUAUGUAACUAGAUCUCAUAAAAAGGAUAGAAAUUGAAGACCUGAAACUUUGUUGAAAUGACUGCAGAUCUCUGGUUCAUUAUACUGAUACUACUAACUAACAACGAGAAGAUUGGAGUUCUGUCAUCAGAGUCUAGCUCUUGUGGAACAAUACUACCACCUUUACCACACGAUUAUGACCAUGAACACAAAGACAAAUUCAGUGUCUCUUCUAGUCUCCAGCAUAACUGUAAAAUCUUUCCCAGACUGAAAGACAUUUUAAAGCAGCUGGGAAUAUUUACGCUACAGGCAUCUCUUUGCUCUGAGCUAGAAUCUGUUACACGAACUACAUACCCUAGUGAUAAAUUAAAUUCAUUGAGAAGAAUCUCCAUCACUUUAGACUUUAUAGAAGACAUACCUCUGGGUCUGCAAUUAUCAGGCCAGGAUACAAACAUGACAUCACCCAACUCCUGUCACAAUAUGGGUACUUUCUCAAUGGACCUUGAGCCUCUGGCACGACUUCAAAUUAAAAACAACCAGUCUGAGAGCCAGAACAUCAGCACAGCUGCCCAGCCACCCAGCAUACAUUCCCACGAAGAGGAAUCAGCUGGAUUGGUGCACCAUGACCUACUUAGGGAUAAAAGUUUAAGUUAUACUCAGACAGUAGUAAUAGCAACCUGUGCUUCUAUUAUUGGGACAUUUUUUCUGAUAGCAGGGAUAAUAAGAAUGAGAAACUACUGGAAAAGAUGUCGAGAGGAACAAACGGCAUCAAGGAGACUGGCUUACACUAAUUGUCACCUUCCUCUUUACUCCUCUGAUGCAGAAGUCAAUGCAUCUGCAAAAGACCAUGGAAAUGGAUCCCCUGGGAGUAUCAGCAGUCAAAAUAGUUCACCUAUUAAACAACACGAUCUGCAUGAAAGAGUAAGUAAUGGUAAAUCACCAGUCCUGCACAACCAUUACUUGGACACCAUGCCAUUGUUAGUUGUGACAGCCCCCUCCACAGGACCAAACACACCCUCGGGAUCUGUAUCUUCAAUUCAAUACAUCGAUGAGGAAUCUGGCUGUAAUGGUGAUGAUUCUUCAAAAAUGGAGAAAAAUCAAGAAGAAUUAACAUCAAAAGAUUGUACCCAGGCUGUUGGAAGUAAUCAAAAUGUACCCAAUGAAAACUUUGCUGGAGUUGAUAAACCAACUGAAACUAGUGGCUCAAAGCUGAGUGAAUCAAACAGCCAAAGUAAAAUUCAAGGAUUGGCUGAAUAUGUGUGUUGUGAGGAUGAUGACAUUAUAAAUGUGGAUCCACACUCUAAUCAAAACCAACAAGAAGGAAAACCAAAUAUAUCAAUCAUCCAUUGUGGAAUCUCACAGUCUGAUGAAAGCCUAGCUACAGUCAAUCAUACUUAUUACUAUGGCAACCAGGUGGAAUAUUCAAGCAGUCCUGGAUAUGGUAAUGUUGCUUAUUGUUCUCAUGUGAUUUAAUCUGGAGGAUAAAAUAAAUAUUGCAACUACUGAAAAUGCAAUGAAUGAACUAAUUUUAUUACCAAAAGUAACUGAAAACAAAGAGACAUCACCAUGAAAACAUAAAUUCCUGUUUAAAGGAGUUAGUUCUGAGUCACUUAAAGUUUCAUUUGAUGAUUUACAAAGGCAAGUAUGAAGCAGUCAAGGAUUUUUUCUGUCUAUCUGAUGAAAAUACACUAUUACUUGGCUGAACAGACACAGCACAUGGCCUGUUUGAUUAAACCUGUGAGGAAUAUCAGGAAGCAAAUGAUGGCAGAAUAGAACUAUUAAAAACAUGGUAUCACUUUACAGGAUUAAGGAUGUAGGUCACACCAGGGAAAGCUGUUAUGUGGAGGAUAUGUACAAUGUACGGGUCACACCAGGGAAAGCUGUUAUGUGGAGGAUAUGUACAAUGUAGGUCACACCAGGGAAAGCUGUUAUGUGGAGGAUGUGUACAAUGUACGGGUCACACCAGGGAAAGUUGUUAUGUGGAGGAUGUGUACAAUGUACGGGUCACACCAGGGAAAGCUGUUAUGUGGAGGAUGUGUACAAUGUACGGGUCACACCAGGGAAAGCUGUUAUGUGGAGGAUGUGUACAAUGUACGGGUCACACCAGGGAAAGCUGUUAUGUGGAGGAUAUGUACAAUGUACGGGUCACACCAGGGAAAGCUGUUAUGUGGAGGAUAUGUACAAUGUAGGUCACACCAGGGAAAGCUGUUAUGUGGAGGAUGUGUACAAUGUACGGGUCACACCAGGGAAAGCUGUUAUGUGGAGGAUAUGUACAAUGUAGGUCACACCAGGGAAAGCUGUUAUGUGGAGGAUAUGUACAAUGUAGGUCACACCAGGGAAAGCUGUUAUGUGGAGGAUGUGUACAAUGUAGGUCACACCAGGGAAAACUGUUAUGUGGAGGAUAUGUACAAUGAUAUUUUGACAAUGAAAAUGGAAUAAUUAACUUCAGACAAAAAAUGCAGUUUCAGUUGAAAGUAUAUAAUCAGGAAAAAAUUGAAACCCUCUGUGAGAUUUGUAGACUUACAUUCUACAGAUUACCGAUUAUAUUUUAAUCCACUGGCUAGGACAAGAAAUAUGUUGCUGAUAUUUAAUUUUUCAUUGAUGGUUUGACCAGUUGUGGUAGCCUAGUGGGUAGGGCACCUGGGAAGCCCAAGUUUGCAGAUUUUCAACCCUGGCUCCACAGCAAACUCAAGAUGUUUGACAUAGACUGAGUGACUCAGGGUCAAAUUGUACAGACCCAGAAAAGUGCUUGAAUUUUUACCUGGCCAGUGCUUGAAAAUGCAUAAACAGCAGAAAAACAUGGAAAAGUGCUUAAAUCUGCCUUUAUUUUUAAAUGGUGCCUGAAUUUUAAUUCUGAUUAUCCCAAAAAAGAAGACAGAAAUCAUGUUGAUUCUUAUUAUGCAUUAAUUAUUGAUAUUUCUUUGUAUGUUUAUAAAUUUUUUCAAGACACUUUUUAAAA